AUGGCGUCGUUUGGUAAUCCCACACAGAUCUUCGCCGACGAUGUGACCGAGGAGAAGGGUGAGAACGCCCGUCUGUCGGCCUUCGUCGGUGCUAUCGCAGUCGGUGACCUUGUGAAGAGCACCUUGGGCCCUAAGGGAAUGGACAAGAUCCUACAAUCUGCAUCAACCGGAGAAAUCCUCGUGACGAACGACGGUGCUACCAUCUUGAAAUCGAUUGCUCUGGAUAACGCCGCGGCGAAGGUGCUGGUCAACAUUUCCAAGGUUCAAGACGAUGAGGUUGGUGACGGAACUACAUCUGUUACCGUGCUGGCCGCAGAAUUGCUUCGGGAGGCAGAGAAGCUUGUCAACUCGAAGAUUCACCCCCAGACCAUCAUUGAGGGCUACCGGAUAGCCAGCAAAGCCGCCCUGGCCGCUCUCGAGAGCAUUGCCAUCGACCGAAGCAAGGACGCCGAGGCUUUCCGCAAGGACCUGCACGCCAUUGCCCGUACCACCCUGAGCUCUAAGGUUCUGUCACAAGACCGUGACCACUUCGCCCGGCUGGCAUGUGAGGCCGUCCUUCGCCUUAAGGGGUCCACCGACCUGAGCCACAUCCAAAUUAUCAAGAAGGCCGGCGGCAAGCUGAUCGACUCGUACUUGGAUGAGGGCUUCAUCAUGGACAAGAAGAUCGGUGUGAACCAGCCCAAGCGACUGGAAAAUGCCAAGAUCCUGGUGGCCAACACCGCCAUGGACACAGACAAGGUCAAGAUUUUUGGAGCUCGCGUCAAGGUUGACUCCACUGGAAAGCUGGCCGACCUAGAGAAGGCUGAGCGGGAGAAGAUGCGCGCCAAGGUUGAGCGAAUUAAGUCUCACGGUAUCAAUUGUUUCGUCAACCGACAGCUGAUUUACAACUGGCCCGAGCAGCUGUUCACCGAGGCCGGCAUUAUGUCUAUUGAGCACGCCGACUUCGAUGGUAUUGAGCGCCUGGCACUUGUGACUGGUGGUGAGAUUGCCUCCACUUUCGACCACCCGGAUCAGGUGAAGCUGGGCUCUUGUGACUUGAUUGAGGAGGUGAUUAUUGGUGAGGACACUUUGAUCAAGUUCUCGGGCGUGGCUGCUGGCCAGGCCUGCACCAUUGUGCUCCGUGGUGCCACCGAGCAGCUCUUGGAUGAAGCCGAGCGCUCCCUCCACGAUGCCCUGGCUGUUCUGUCCCAAACAGUCAAGGAUCCCCGUGUCACACUUGGUGGUGGCUGUGCCGAGAUGGUGAUGUCUAAGGCUGUUGAGCAGGCGGCCCAGAAUACCACCGGCAAGAAGCAACUUGCCGUGGACUCGUUCUCCCAUGCGCUGAAGCAACUGCCAACCAUUCUGGCAGAUAAUGCGGGUCUUGACUCGAGCGACCUGGUCACCCGCCUGCGGCAAGCAAUCAACAAUGGCAUGACCAGCUCCGGUCUGGACCUUUUGACCCCUGGUGGCGGUAUCGCAGACAUGCGCGAGCUCGGUGUUGUGGAGGCUUAUAAGCUGAAGAAGGCGGUGGUGUCAUCGGCCUCGGAGGCUGCUGAGCUUCUUCUACGUGUCGACAAUAUCAUUCGCUCCGCGCCUAGACAAAGAAACCGUAUGUAA